GACCACCCUGUACAUGACGACAUACUGCCCGUUGUGGUUGGCGAGAGGCCGACCCCACCAUAACGCAUAGCAUAACGCCAAACUGUUAGGCGCUUCGUUAUAGAUGGGAACAUGCUCUGCGAUUAAAAGAGACGAGAAUCCAAGCCAAACGAUAUAUUUUUCUUCUUAUCAUUCACAUCACAAUCACAACAAUCAAGUCAUCAACAGACCACUCAAACACGUUUCAAACCAAAUCACUUCUUUAAUUUCAAUCAUGUCUGCUACCGUCCUCACCCGUCUCAUCACCCCUGCCUCCAAGGCCACCUUUUCUACCACCUCCAAGGCCCUCCGAGCUUCAUCACCUAUGGAGCCUAUGCCUGUUGGUCCCAACUCCUCCUCGAGCUGGAGCUGGAAGAACCUCUCUCCCAAGACACGCCGCAACGUUCUGUACGGUGUCGGCCUUGGCCUGGUUAUCGACAGCCUCGUUGUCUACCACUAUUACCCUGCCUUCUUCAGUGGCGAGGGAAAGAAGCUCUAAGAGGUUCUAGCACACCUGUCCCGACUGCGCAUGCUAUUUACAGGGGAGGCGAGUUAUCAGUUUGCGGGGUUGUUAUAAGUCUAGGAUGAACAGGUGCGUGGGGGACUAGUGCUGUAAGCCACCUUCUCGGCUUUGCUGAUUUUUGUGACGCACGGGCUGUUGUUUAUGUUAUAGAUGAAAUCUUGUUUUUUUUUAUUUUGUUGUAUUUUACACUAUAGAAAUCGUCGCUACUGUCUCUGGGUUGACAGCCUCGUUUAAUUGAGUACAGUGCAUUUGCCAC